AGAUACCGAGCAGACUGUUUUUAGUUGUGGAGUGCCCGCGACCCGCGAGACUUGUGAGAACAUACACCAAAGCUGGAACACCCUGAGCCCUGAGUGAUGCACAAGAGACACUCGACAGCCAUAAAAAUAUCAUAACUGCAGUGACAGUUUCUCCAGUUAAAUUUACAAAUAUUCAUUUUUAUUCGUGUUGACCGGUUUUCAUUUUUUUAAAAUUCCAACCAGCUUUGGUGUCAAGUAUUUGAUAAUUUAAUACUUUAAUUUUGCUUCAGUUUAAAAAUUGGCUGUCAGAGUUUGUAAGACUGGAGUUGCUGACAGGUUUAAAAAAAAUAAAAUCAACUCGGUGCAGCCUUCAACUCCAAGAGCUCAUUACGGCUCUUGUGAUAAAGUAAUAAAUCCAUUACUAUGCCGUUCAUCUCCAAGGACUGGCGUAGUCCUGGUGAAGAAUGGGUUAAAACCGUCGAGGGAUGGGAGAAGAAAAAAAUUCUCGAGUGCGCUAACAAUAAAACCCUGUCAUUACUAAUACGAACCGAGAAAGAUGGAGACAAAGCUCGUGAGAAGGAAAAAGAAAAAGAGAAGAAAAUAGAAAAUGCCGUCCAACCUCACUGUCACAUUACCCUGAAGUGUACACGUGAGAUCGCCGGAUUCAACGGACUGAGUGAUGCACUCAAGAGACUGGACUUUUUGUCAGCGGUUCAUGAUUGCCGACGUUUCAACUACAUCGUGCGGCUGUUGGAUCUGUUGGUCAGCCACACAAUGGGUGGUCUCAGUGGAUGCGCUCAGCGUGUGCUGUUCAAUAUGCUGGAAGAAGUUACUCUGGAGGUUUCUUGUUCGCAACAGCAAACAGGAAGACUUCGUAGACUGAUUGAACGUGUCAGGGCUUUCAGCGCUAGCUGCUGCUGGGGCGGACGACCUCUGGGUUCAGUUGUCCUCUGGGAGAAACACAAGGCUGCUUUGGAUAGAAUAUUGCAAAUAGCUUCAUCCAUCACGAUCACUCAGCCUGAUGAAGAGCAGCAUCCGCAGUGGUCUGAUCUUCCAGCAGAAUGCAGACGCGAAGUUCUUUUACGUUUGAGUGAUCCACGAGACAUCGAGGCUUCGUCAGAAGCUUGUGAGCAUCUGGCAGCACUCGCACAGGAACAAAGAAUUUGGCGAGAGCUUGCUCAGUAUCACUUUACUCCUCAGCAAAUAGCCACGACCAUGCAAAACAACCCGGGAAAAGAUUGGAAGACAUUAUUCACUAUUGCACGAAGGUCUUUCGGAUUGCGUGAAGAGUACGCGGAAAUGAUUCAACUCUGUCGGAAUUGUCGCUGUCUCUUUUGGCGAUCACUUGGUCAUCCUUGUAUUGCUGACCAAGAUCCAGCUUUUCAAGAAAAACUCGCUGAUGUCGAUCAAUCAUCUCUUCAUGUUCCAAUACCACCGCAAACUUUUCUCAAGUUCUUCUCUCUGUGAGAAUAAUUAUAAUUAAAAUUAAUUAAUGAUUAUGAUCAUAAGAGAUGGAAAAAUUAUAUAAAAAAAUAAGUAAAUAUAUGUGCAUAUAUAUAUAUAUAUUUAUUUAUUUAUGAUAUAUGCAUAUAUAUGUAUAUAUUUUAAAUGAUAGUGAAUUCAGUCUCUAGAAAUAUCUAUUGUUGGCCGUUAAAUAAAUAAACUUUUAUUGUAAUUUGCUCUUUAAAGUAUUAAAAGUCAAAAUUUCGUAAUAAUUUUUGACAUUUGCGCUAUAGAAAAAUGAAAUAGUAUAAUAUAUAUAUACAUAUAAAUACAAAUAAUAUUUAUUUUGUGGAAAAUACAGAGUUUAAUUAUUAUAGAAAGUCUGGUAAAAUAAUUAUACGUCCGCGAAAAUAAAAUAUUUAUAAUUGAUUAUAAUUACAUAACUAAUGAAUUAAUUAAUCAUCGAAAUCACGACGAAUGUAUACAAUUUUUAAUUAUUAUAAUAGACAUGCUCGUCAAACGACUGUCUUACGAAACAUAUUUUAUCUAAUAAUUUAACGUCCAUUGAAGAUCUCUUCCAAGAAUAAAAUUUAAAUUUACCGCGUUUUUUUCUUUUUAUAAUUUUUUAAAUAUUAUUAUUAUUACCGAUGACUAAUUGGUCUUGAAGACAAUUAAUUAUCUAGCUAGUAGUAUUUUGUGUUUUGUGAUGCCUCUAGGUGCUUUUGGUAGCUCUAUUAUUAUUGUUAUUACUAUAUAAGUUGUUAUAACUUUUUUUUUACUUAAAGUGUACUAACACUUGGCACUAUUUACACAUCGUAACAAACCAAUGCUGUGUUCUCACCAUCGUUUAUUAUUUUUUAAUUGACGAAAUAACUUUUUACUUUAUGAACUGAAAUAUAAUUAUCAUAUCUACAUGUAAAUACAUAUAAUAUAUAUAUAUAUAUUUCUGUAACGCAUAUGAAAAGAAAUAUUUAAAUGAAUGAAUACUAAUGUUGGAAUGAGAAAAAAAAUUUCUGUAAAGAAAAACUGGAGUGUACUCUUAGAUCUUGGCUUUAAAUUAAAAUUCAUAUUGAGUUAAUAUACAAAAUAAUAAAUAUAUAUAUAUAAAUAUUAAUAAAGAAUGAAAUUAAAAAAUAUACGUAAUGAAUUGAACACCGCUGAAAUAUAUAACCGUUAUAAUUGUGUAGUUGUUUGUCCAAAUCCUUAUAUAUAAUAAAUGUCAAAUGUAAUUAGAAAAUAAGUGAUGAAUUUAAACUGUUCGAUUUUCCUCUUAAUGAAUUUUGCUAUAUUACAUUAUUAAUUAUUUUAAUAAUUACAUAUAUUAUUAAACGUUUUUUAUUGCUAUUAGCUUAUUAUCAUUAUAUUUAUUGUAAUUAAUAAUUUAAUAAUCGGUAUAUUAAAAAAUUCGAUAUAAAAUAAAAAUGAUAAUCUUUAAUUGAACUUUAAAAAUUAAUAAAUUACUGCCGACAAAUGCUAUUGCAUUAAAGUGAAUUGAUAAUAAUUAUAUAUGUUAAUGAUUUAUAAAAUUUUAAUCAAUUAUUAAUUUUAUAUUUAUGUAUUAUUAUUAUUAUUAUUAUUAUUAUUAUUAUUAUUAUUAUAGUUAUUUUGCUAUGUUUAAUUAAUCUAAAAAGUGAUUUAUAUAAAUAUUCAUUAAUCGCAUUAAUUAUAUUUCACUUAGCCUAGUCACUACGAAUGAAGACCAAGAUUAUUCAAUUAUUCAUCAAAGAGAAUAGAAAAUUUAAAGAGUGAGAGAAUAUAUAUAUUAAAUAUAUUAAGUAAAAAGAGAUAAAUAAUUUGUUGAUCAUUGGGUGGUGGAUAAAAAAAAACACUAAUAACUUAAUAGAUUUUUGUUUAGUGCGAUGUUGUGUAAUGCUUUUAAAUAAAAUAUAUUUAAAUAUA